AUGGCUGAAAACUGGCAAGUCAUCGCGUCAAAUGCCCAGGCAAAUCUUUUGAACUCAAUACCCUCGAGAUGGCGUCUGCCCGAGUCCGUCGAUCCUUCUGUGACAGACGUUCGUGCGAUUCCGAGGACGUGUGGACUGCUCACGGAGAAACAGCUCUCGAUCACAGAGCAGACGGCCAGCGAGCUCGUAGCCCAACUGAAAGAUGCGCGAUUGUCCUCUGUAGAGGUAACUGAAGCCUUCUGCGCAAGAGCGGCGAUUGCGCAUCAGUGUGUAAACUGCCUGACAGCUUUCUUCCCCGAAGAGGCUCUAGCACGAGCAAAAGAACUGGACGAUCUCCUGGCCAAGACUGGUACACCAGUUGGGCCUCUGCAUGGAUUGCCUGUGGGCAUCAAGGACAUCUUUCACAUGAAAGAUAAGAACCUGACCAUGGGCUACGUGGCAUGGAACGACAACAGGUGCACGUUUGAUGCAUCGAUUGUGCAAAUGUUAAGGAAUGCCGGAGCUGUCUUCUUCGUUCGGACGACGAUGCCGCAGACCGGGAUGUUCCUGGAAACAUGGAGCAAUCUUUGGGGUCGCACAAUGAACCCGUUCAACAGGAAUUUCUCUGCUGGCGGCUCUUCCGGCGGGGAUGGAAGCCUGGUGGCCAUGAGAGGAGCGCCGUUUUGCCCAUCAACCGACAUCGGUGGCAGUAUUCGUGCACCAGGGACCUUUAAUGGACUUUACGCUAUGAGACCCACUGCCGAAAGGACAGCAAAAAGGGGCAUGGGAACAGCGGCGCCGGGACAGAUCUCUAUCAAGGUCUCUUCAGGGCCGAACUGUCACAGCAUGGCUGAUGUCAAGCUCGCAGCCGAGAUCCUACUCACUCAUUACGGCCUGCCAUUUGAACCCACUGCUGUGCGAAUGCCUUGGAAGCAACUCCCUGCGAAUAAAGAGAGACUCUGCGUUGGAUUGUUGGCAACAGAUGGGUGCGUGACUCCACAACCGCCAAUUGCAAGAGCGCUACAAGAGACUGCGGAAAACUUGCGAGCCGCCGGCCACGAAGUGAUCGAAUUCAAACCACCAUUUGAUUGCUGGGAAGUCGCACAAGCCACCUGGCGAUUAUGGUUCCAGACCGGGGCAAAGGAGACUAUUGAUCUGGUCGCAUCGUCUGGGGAACCACUUUAUCCCACAUUCAAGUGGUAUCUGGAGACCUUUAAUAUCAAAGCCUUGACCGUGCCGGAAUUGUUCAAGCUCAACACGCAACAGGCAGAAUGGAAAUACCAGUUCGCAGAGGCAUGGUACAACACAAAGUCCGAAACAAGCACCGGCCGUCCAAUCGACUGCUUGAUCUGUCCCUGUGCCCCCUCUGCGAGCUUCCCACACGGCUUUCCGGUCUGGUGGGGGUACUUCAGCCUCUGGAACCUCCUCGACUAUCCGAGCAUUGUCCUCCCAUUGAAGAAGAUGCGCGUCGAUCUGGACAAGGAUAAGAAGGACGCCGCUUACGUGCCGAAGGACAAUGUCUUUGACAGGAUGAACUGGGAAAUUUAUGACCCCGAACGCUGGAAGAACCAGCCCAUCACGAUACAGCUGGUGCGGCCGCAAUUCAGCGACGAAGAACUCAUAGCGGUGGCGGAGGCGAUCGACCAAGUCUGCAACGGGUGA